AUGACAAGUAAAUCGCAUUUCAUUAAAAACCUAAUAGAAAAUCUUUCUGACAUUAAUCAACAACAAAAAGCAAAGGAAUUCAUGUAUUCUUAUUGGUCUCAUAUUUAUUCGAGGUGUAGGCUAGAAGGAUUUAGAUAUAUAGGUUCUAGUAAGUUUACGCCUGAUAAAUUGUUAAACCAUUUAUGCAGAGCUUUACUGUUUGAUUCAGGCUGUAUUUCAAUCGCUUUCUGUUUUAAAGAUAUAACUGAAGAAAACGAAAUAAAAAGGCAGCAUCAAUUAUGGAUUGCUAAACGGGCUCCGUCUAAAGAAUUUAUUGAAAGUUCUAUUGAAGUACUCUGCAAGAAUGAAUCCAUUCAAAUUUUAUUAGAAUUUUCAACUUAUUUAAAAGAGAAAAUUCGUCGCGAUUAUCAUGUUAAUAUCAAUAAGAGGGAGUUUAAAAAUUUAAAAUCGUUAAUUGCUUUCAAAUAUAGAACUGCAUCGAGUAGUUUUGAUGUACUGAUGAAGGAUUGUGAUGACGAUGUAUUGGAAGAGUUGAUAUUGUUCAUGUCCUAUUCUUUCGAAAUACGGCUUAUCACAAAGGAAGAGGCUACCAUUGAACAAUAUCUACAAUUUUUACUACUAGAUAGGUUUAUAGUUAAUCUACCUGGUGAAAAAGUCUCCAUUCUACGAUUUGGUAGCCUUGACGAACUGAGAAAGACGUAUAUUAAAAUGAUGGCUGACCUUAUCCAGAAAUAUAAAACGUAUCAGCAAGAAUUUACGGAGCAAUAUAAAAACAAUUUUGCCUCUGUUGAAAAUUUACGUUCAGAAAUUCAUCAUUGGUUUGCGCUAGUCAAGAAGGAUCUUAAUAUAGAUCAGUGGUCAAUCUUAGCUGAUCCAAAUUGUUUAAUAUUAAAAUAUUGUGACGAACUGGUACGAGCUGACAUUGUCUCAAAAUCAGCUAAGCUACUCAUAAAAAUAUUACUUGUUCAGAUGUACAUCUUGAAACUAAAUCUAGAGCAAAGCGUAAGGAAUACCUAUUUGACAUGUUUGUUUGCUAUCGAUCAGUAUCUAAAGCGAUUUUCUAUUAACAAAAUAAAACAAUUCGAAAUAAAGCUGACAUUAUUUCUUUUUAUAAGAACUCAAACCUUAACACUAUACAGAACUGGUGUCAAAACGAUUCUAGAUUUAGUUAUGGCAAGUAAAUUACUUCCAUUUACAGGAGAUCCAAAACCAUCUAUCGAAACAAAACCAAGUCCGGAGAUUCUGAAAGAAUAUUUUGAAUAUAAUGAUGGACAAAAUUUGUUGAAAACGAUACAACAAAGUUUAAUUACAAACUCUAUUGAUAGUUACUUGUUCCUAAGACUUAUACGACGUGAACUCGCUUCGAUAGCACAGCAAUUAGAGCGCUAUUGCAGCGACAUUUUUAUUGCUCUCAAUCAGGAGGGAUUUCACGCUGAAAUAUGUAUCCCUGAAAUGUGUAGUAAAGAAGAUUAUGCAGUUAAAGCCAUAGGAUGCUCCCAUUUAUCAUGUCCCCAAUGUUUUGUUGGUUUAGUUGCAUUAAUGAAGAAGCAUCAUGAAAUUCAUGCUCCAGGAGUCCAUAGUUGUCUAUAUGCAUGGAAUGUAAUCCCUAGGCUUAUGAAAGAAAAAUAUAGAAAAGAUGUUCUUGGUUCUACAUGUUAUGAACUUUACAAACAGUUUCGUGAUAAAGAUAUCACGUUUAAUACAGAAAGAUUAUCAGCUACUGCACGUAAAAAAAUAAAAAAAUUUAAAAAAAUGCGGGAUAUAUUUUACGGUAUAAUCCAAAACAUGGCAAGCGUGGCCGCAUAUAUCGCUGAAAGUUCUAAUCAGAUCAUAAGCCUAUCUUUAUUGUCAACGAAAAUUUUGUUUGGUCCCAACGAAAAACAACUAAAAGACAUUCAGUCGAAUUCGAUUUACAUUCAAAUUGGCAAGAAAAAAUUAGACAUAGACCAAGAUGCAAGUUACCCUCUCUCUCCUGAAAUUUAUCAACCCAUUGAUUUGGAUAACUAUUAUGACAUAGCUAUUCUACCAUCGCCUAGUUAUAGCCCUGAAUCACCUAAGCCUAUAUCUGUAUCACUAGAUCAAAAUACACAUGAUGAAUCUGCUGCUGAUCAUCAACAAGCUUCAGUAAAUGGCUACCAAGGACCAAUUCAUGAGACAAAGUUAUACACUCCAUUUUUAUCUAAAGAAAAUAGAACUACCAUGUAUACGGAUUAUGACAAAUUUAUUUUGUCAUUAAUGAAUACAAUACUUAAAGCAAUUGUUCAUUCUAAAUUGAUCAAUGAUACAAAUGAUAUCUUUAAUUAUGAACAAUUUUUAGAGUUAUUUAGCAAUUUAACUCUUUCGUAA